AUGCCGUCAGCCGUUGAGAGUGCUUCAGCUUCGACAAUCCGCGGAGGACACGAGGAGUCCCGUCCGCGGAUCUCAGAGCCCCUGCAAUACUCUGGAUUGUUGGACUCGUAUUCUCACCAAGACUUGACACCAGUCAUUGGUAGAGAGUACAGAGGACUCCAGGUGGCCGACAUACUCAAAGCGGAAAACUCCGACCAGAUUAUCAAAGACCUCGCGGUGACAAUUUCGAAGAGAGGCGUUGUUUUCCUUCGUGACCAGGAUGUCACCCCCCAGCAAAUGAGAGAAUUCGGCGAGAAGCUGACUGUUCUGGCUGGUUGCAUAGACAGCUCACAUUUGCCUCUAAAGCCCGAAUCAUCUGGCCUCCACGUUCACCCUUUGACGGAAGAAGGCAGCGAACUUGGUGACCAAAUCAGCGUCAUCAGCAGCGAGAAGCAGAAGAAAGGAGGCGGUCUUACCCACCAACUCAGCGAUACGAGUCGCUUCGCCUCCGUAGGAUGGCAUACCGAUAUCAGCUUCGAGCGCGUACCCUCCGACUACGCCAUGCUCAAGAUCCACACUCUGCCCGAAACCGGCGGAGACACGCUCUGGGCCUCGGGCUACGAGAUCUAUGACCGCCUGUCUCCUGAGAUGGCUGCCUUCCUUGAGGGUCUGACAGCCACGCACGAUGCUAGCUUCUUCCAUGACGAAGCACGCAGGCUGGGAAAUCCCCUACGCAAGGGAAUCCGAGGAUCGCCACUGAAUCAGGGUGAAGACCUUAAGGCGGUUCAUCCUGUCGUUCGUACUAACCCUGUUACCGGUUGGAAGUCCGUUUAUGUGAACAAGGGAUUCACCAAGCGAAUCAAUGGGGUAACCAAGGACGAGUCCGAUAUGCUGCUGCAGUAUCUCUUCAAUCUCGUCACACAAAACCACGACGCGCAGGUUCGCUUCAGGUGGAACAAGAAUGAUAUGGCCAUCUGGGAUAACAGAUCCACCUGGCACUGCGCCACUUAUGACUACGCUGAAGCCCGGGCUGGUGACCGGGUCUGCAGUCUGGGUGAAGCUCCUUACUUGGACCUCCAGUCCAAAUCCAGGAAGCAGGCGUUGGCAGAGGCUCAAGCUUAA